CCCAUAUUAGCUUCAACUUCUUCACCAUGCACAACAUCGCAUGGUCCCUCCUAACCGAUCUCAAGCGCGCCCUCACCGCCGGAGUCGGCCCCGAGUUCCUCACCUACGUACCCUUCGAGUACCAACUCCCCUUUGUAGUAGGCUACAUCUUCUCGACGGCCGCGGGGCACGGGAACUCCGAUGUCCGAGAGCGCAGCGUGGGAAAUGAUAGGUUCCUCAACGUCGCCACAGAAGCCAUGGACGUGUUUUUAUACGAGGGUAAAGGAAACGUUAUUAAGGAGGCGAGGGGUGCGGAGGUUGGGCUGGAGGACGUUGAGGAUGUUGAUGUUGAUGGGUCGGAGUUGUGGGGGUCAAGGAAGCUCAAGAUGGAGCAGAUGGAUCGGGAUGGACACCUGAGGGGAAGGGCGAGUAAUGCUGAUAUUGCGGAGCUUAUGAAGCUUUUGAAGAUGAUGGGUUGAUGAUGAUUGGAAGGUUAUGAGUUCAGGGAACGAUGGGAUGUGUCUCUUGUAUAUGACAG